AUGGCGGCAAGCUCUGCUGCUCUGCUCAAGUCCUCACCGGUGAAAUCUGACUGGGUUAAGGGACAGCCUCUCCUUCUCCGUCAACCUUCCUCCGUCGUAGCUGUUCGCAGCCACGUGUCACCUUCCGCUCUCACCGUUCGCGCCGCCUCUGCUUACGCCGAUGAGCUCGUCAAAACAGCUAAAACAGUCGCGUCUCCGGGACGCGGGAUUUUGGCGAUGGACGAGUCAAACGCGACUUGUGGGAAGCGUUUGGCGUCAAUUGGGCUAGAGAACACGGAGGUUAACCGUCAGGCUUACCGGACGCUGCUCGUGUCGGCUCCAGGAUUGGGACAAUACAUCUCCGGUGCAAUCCUGUUCGAGGAAACUCUCUACCAAUCAACCGUCGACGGCAAGAAAAUGGUCGAUGUUCUUGUCGAGCAGAACAUCGUCCCCGGAAUCAAAGUCGACAAGGGUUUGGUGCCACUAGCUGGAUCUAACGACGAGUCAUGGUGCCAAGGACUUGACGGUUUAGCCUCUCGUACUGCGGCGUACUACCAACAAGGUGCUCGUUUCGCCAAAUGGCGUACCGUUGUGAGCAUUCCAAAUGGACCCUCUGCUUUGGCUGUUAAAGAAGCUGCUUGGGGACUUGCCCGCUACGCCGCUAUUUCUCAGCCAGAGAUUCUGUUGGACGGAGAACACGGCAUUGACAGGACAUACGAAGUCGCAGAGAAGGUCUGGUCUGAGGUCUUCUUCUACCUCGCCCAGAACAACGUCAUGUUCGAAGGUAUUCUCCUGAAGCCAAGUAUGGUCACUCCCGGAGCUGAGUCCAAAGACAGAGCUACUCCCGAGCAAGUUGCUUCCUACACUCUUAAGCUCCUUCGCAACAGAGUCCCUCCCGCUGUUCCCGGAAUCAUGUUCCUGUCUGGUGGACAGUCCGAGCUGGAGGCAACCUUGAACCUGAACGCAAUGAACCAGGGACCGAACCCAUGGCAUGUGUCCUUCUCCUACGCACGUGCCUUGCAGAACACUUGCUUGAAGACAUGGGGAGGCAGAGAAGAGAAUGUGAAGGCGGCUCAGGAAACACUCUUGACCAGAGCCAAAGCCAAUUCGCUGGCUCAGCUUGGGAAAUACACAGGAGAAGGCGAGUCCGAGGAGGCUAAGGAGGGUAUGUUUGUAAAAGGCUACACCUAUUAA